CUUAAUUAACUUUUUUGACAUAGCACGUGAGUAGACAAUUUUUCCAAACAAAAAAUAGAAGAGCUUCCACCACUUAAAGAAACAGGAGGUUACUUUUGCGGAUUUCUACUACGGACAACUAGCUCUGUCAGAAUGUCACAAAUGCGAUUCUUCCUUGUUGCGCUGCUUCUUGCUUCCCAAGAUCUGUUUUUAGCAGGUGAAGAUCAUCGGCCAAAGGUUUGAUUGAAUAGGUUUGUGAUUUUAAUAAAUGUUUGAUUGAUUGACUACAGGAGUGUACUCAUCGACGAAAUUGAUGUUCACGAACAAGUGCGAACAAACGAUUUGGCCGGGCAUUUUGUCGAACGCCGGUGUUGCACCGCUGGAUAUCACCGGGUUUUCGUUGGAGAGGGGCGAAUCGAAGACGAUCAGUGCUCCGUCGAGCUGGGGAGGUCGGUUAUGGGGUAGGACCCAAUGCACCGAAGAUUCCGCCGGGCAAUUCAGCUGCGUCACAGGCGAUUGCGGGUCGGGGAAGGAGGAAUGCGCCGGCGGAAACGCCGCCCCCCCGGCUACGCUGGCGGAGUUCACCCUGGAUGGGAGCGGAGGGAUGGACUUCUAUGACGUGAGCCUAGUGGACGGCUACAACCUGCCGAUGCUGGUGGUCCCGCAGGGCGGAUCUGGGGCGAACUGCUCGGCGACGGGAUGCCGGGUGGACGUGAACGGACUCUGCCCGUCGGCGCUGAAGGUGACGAGCUCGGAGGGAGAUAUGGUGGCGUGUAAGAGCGCGUGUGAGGCUUUCGGCGACCCGGAGUACUGUUGCAGCGGCGCGUUCGGCACACCCGACGCUUGCAAGCCGUCGAGUUACUCGAUGAUGUUCAAAGGGGCUUGCCCGAGCGCGUACAGUUACGCGUACGACGAUAGGACCAGCACCUUCACCUGUUCCGGCGCGCCAGAUUAUGUAAUUACCUUCUGUCCAUCUCCCAACACCAGCCAAAAAUCAUCAGCGAUUGCGGACAGUGGCGGGGUAGAAGAGCAGGCGGCGGGUAUGGACAACUCAAUGGUGUACGACGGAGCAUUGGACGUCAGUGGGGGCGUUCACCCAAUGGGAAGCAGCCACGUGUUUAGUUCCGACGCCAUUGUGGGGGCCAUGGCGAUCAUAGCGACGAUGUAUGUUAUCACACAAAGCUGAGCUGAGCUGAGCUGCGGUAUAGUACGUACGUUUCAUUUCCACCAUUACGUAGGCCAGGGGAAUGAAUUACGAACGGAGUAAUAAUAACUUAAUUUGGGUUUUAUUAUUGUAAUUGUAAUUGUAAUAAUAAUCUCAGAUCGAUCCAACUAUGUACGUUUCAUGUAUAAAAAACAUGCAUGUGCAGCGCAUAAUCAUUUAGCCCCACAAACUAUUCACUCAUUUAUUCAAGUCUGCCACUGCAUUUUUU